AUGGGGGGAGCCUGGUGUACUGCCACUAUGACACCAUCCACCCUACUGGAUGUGCGUUUGCAACUGUCCAAAAUUCACUCGCCUAAGAAUCCCCAGCGAUUGGAUAUAAGAAUAGGCAGCAGUGUUCGUGGUGCGGUGAGAAAGAAGGGUGAACCGCGAGGCAGUUUGAACUAUGCUGCAACUGCACCCGUUUUCUACUCUUUGGUCACCUCACCUCAGAUCUGCUGCGUUGUUAAGUGUGUGUGGACGCAUGUGCUGCUAGUUUUGAAGAUUAAAAUCACCUCAUUGACUGCCUGCCCGACAGUGAGGAACUUGCCAUCCCAACGUGCCACCACCACCACCACCACGCGUAACUCGCCAGUCCAACACACUGUCUGUGUGGGUAUACGUCAGCCCAAACCUCGUCAAGCAUCGCCGCUUUUGCAACUACAAGGAACUACGAUUGUGCGUGGAUUCAUGACCACGCUAGAUUUCCCUGUCUUGUAUGUGAAAGUGAAUUUUUUUUGCCUGAUACCCUUUAGAGAAAACCUAUCACUUGUAUGCAAGCUCGGUGAUAGGCCAGCUGAAGGUCGUGCUUAUGGCAACCUUGGCAAUACACAUUAUCUUCUGGGAAAUUUUCGGGAGUCUGUCGACUUUCACAAGAAGCGUCUGCAAAUAGCCAAGGAGUUUGGUGAUCUACGCGCUCAAAGACGUGCCUAUAGUAACCUUGGCAACGCCUACAUCUUUCUGGCUGACUUUACUUCAGCGGCCCGGAGCUACAAGCAUGCACUGGGGAUAGCCCGUCAAUUGGGCGAUGAGGCACUGCAAGCGCAGGCUUGUUUCAGCCUCGGACACAGUUGUACGCUGCUGAGGGACUACUCGGCUGCUGUGGUGUACUACCUGCGGCACCUCCACGUGGCCUGGGAAGCAGGGGAUAGGGUGGGUCAGGGCCGGUGCCAUUGGUCUCUGGCCAAUGUUUAUGCGGCGUUAGGUGACUAUCGACGGGCUUUGCGGAGUUCUAUGCGGCAUCAGAAAAUCUCCAAGGAGCUUAACGACGAGAUUGGCCUGCUAGCCGCCGAUCUAAUGAUCGCCGAACUGCAUCAAAUUCUCGGACACAGCCAGCCUGACCCUCGGCUCGAAGAAACUCCACCUUCCUCCCCAUCUGCCGUCACCACCACUUCUCCCCACCUCCAAGCCGCCGCUGAGGCGCGUGCUCUUGAACAGGUUCUCUUUGACGCUGACAGUUGUGUCUCCCCUUCCACUGCAGUUACCAUCGCUACCACUAAUCCUUAUGUCGAGUCGCCGUCUCCGACAGUCGUGGAGGUGGCAAAGGAGGAGGUGGAGGAGCUGAGCGAAAAAGAAUUAGUCACGGAGCUGUCCCUCGCAACUAAUGCGGCUUUGGCAGUCCAACGCAGGCAUGGAAGCGGCAGUGGUAGCAGUGCUGGAAGAGGAGGAGGCGAGGGCGAGUUUUUGUCAUUGAGUGAGGAGGAAGAGGAGGACUUUGUGGUUGUAGUUUCACCUACUGAGACGGAAAGCAGCGGUGAACAUCAUCGAUCUGGUGGGGAUUCGGUCGGCGAGGCUCUGCACCAGGCGACGAACCAAUCAAACCACGGCGCGGACCAAUCCGAUUCAAGCGAACUGCUAUUCGACCUGCUCUUCAAAUCGCAGGCCCUGAGGAUGAACGAUCAGCGUUGCGAUUUGAACGCUCUUGCCGGCAGCAACGUUAUAAACAACAAUAACAGCAGUAGCGGUGGAGGCAAUAUUGGUAGUGAUGGUAACAGUAUGCUGGCAGCGUCAAGUGAUUCUCUGAAUGCGGAAAAUGACUCGUUUUUGGAUCUCCUUAUUAAUAUACAGGGUGCACGGAUGAAUGAUCAGAGAGCGGACUUUCCCGGCCUCAUUCGAACUAACUCGGUGUCGAAUCCACCCCACACUGGCCCAGCAUCAAAUGCAGCCACCACCACCACCAUUACGGCACCACAGAGAAACACUUCCUCCGCCGCUGUAGUGGAAACAACACCACUGACCACUAACGGUGGCGGUAGCGAUGGUGGCAGUGUUACUCUGGCUGCCCGAAUGCGCAGCGCCAGCGACGGACUGGCGGAAGCAGAACAGGCGCCCUCGGCUGCCGACGAAUUGGCACCCGGCGAUGAUUUCUUUGACAUGAUCUUCCGUCUGCAGCAAAAGACGCGCAUCAACGAUCAGCGCUCGGUCCUGCCACCAACUCUGCAAACACACAACCACCACCACACUAAUUAUCGUGAUCGCCAUCAAGACAGUAACAGCGGUAAUAACAACAACAACAACGAGGGCGCGACUGCCACUGGUUGUCAUGAUGGUGGUGGUGCAACAGCACCGCAUCGACUGCUUCGAGUGCUCUCGGUACCUGGUGGAAAGCGACGUCGGCGGGGCGGCGGAGGAACAGGGAGCGGUAGCAGCAGCUCAAAGGCGGCGGUAAUAAGACAUCUGGACUAUCGUGUGCGUGGUGAUAACGAUCCUGGCCGUGGUGACCUCCAGUCCACCAUCACUUCUGUUAGCGUGUGGAUCUUCUGA